AUGGAAAACCUAAUUAGGAGUGUGAUUCAAUCAACUCAAACAAUUCAAGUUCCUCUAGAACCUGAUAUUCAAGAUGCAACAAUGGAGGACGUUCUCAACAAUUGCAUCGAAAACAAUGCUUUGGCACAGGAACGUGAAGAAGAGGAAGCAAUGGAAGCUGAAGAACAAGAUAUUAUUUCUGAUUCUGAAGUAUUGGUGUUUGAAAAAGUUACAGAUAUCAAAGUUAAAGUUGAGGUUUUCAGAGUGUUUGAAAAAGUUACAGAUAUCAAAGUUAAAGUUGAGGUUUUCAGAGUAAAAGUUAAGUAUGUAAAAUUAAUUGCAAUAACAGAACCGAAUCAAGAUAUUGUUGGAACACUGAUGGGAUACACUGCCGAAACAGUGGAGGAACUUCUAGUUUUCUACCAAAAACAUGCUAGUGAGGUUGGAUUUUCCAUAAGGAAAGGAAACACAAGAUUCAAAGUUGGGACAAGAAUCGUGCUUGAAAAGACAUAUGUUUGUUCAGCAGCAGGAGUAACAAACAAUGGAAAGAACAAAAAGAAAAAAGUGCAAACAGUUGUUCCUGUAGUGCCCAAAAAAGAGAGAAAACCAAGGCAAGUUUCGAUCACGAGAACUCAAUGUAGGGCUUGCUUGAGAGUGAAAAUCAAUUCUGAAGGCAGAUAUGAGGUUGUUAAUCACGUGAUAAUGCACAACCAUGAUUUAACUAGAAGUCAAUGGCACUACUUGCAUAGAUCUGAAAGGCAAAUAACGGAAGAGAAGAGGGAGGCAAUUGAAAGUAUGCAAAAAUCUGAUCUAUCAUCCACGGCUUCCUUUAACUACAUGGCAAUUGAAGCUGGAGGUGAAGAAAAUUUGGGACACUCGAAGAAAGACCAUCUAAAUUACUGCACGAGGUUAAAAAUGAAGCAAAUAGAAGGAGGUGAUGCACAAGCAGUAACUGACAUAAUGUAUUUAGAGCUUGAAGGUGACCCAAACUUCUUUUUUAGAUUUAGAUUGGAUGAAAAAGGCAAAUUAAGGAGUUUGUUUUGGAGGGACUCUAUGAUGAUGGAAGACUAUGGAAUUUUUGGAGAUAUAGUGGUUUUUGACACAACGUAUAGAACAAACAGGUAUAACCUAAUUUGUGGUCCAAUAGUUGGAAUAAACAACCACUGGAACAAUUGCAUGUUUGGUUGUGCAUUCAUAGGAGAUGAAAAGAUUGAGUCGUUUGUGUGGCUUCUACAAACUUUCAAAAAGUCAAUGGGGGGAAAAAGUCCAAUAUCAAUCUUUACAGAUCAAGAUGCAGCAAUGAACAAUGCCAUUAAUCAGGUCUUUCCAGAUUCAAGACACAGAUUAUGUGUAUGGCAUUUGCAUCAGAAUGCUAUUACCAGAUUUGGGGCAUUGAAACGAGAUCCAACUUUUAAGAAGACAUUCAACUAUUGCUUGUAUAAGUGUGUCACAGUAGUUGAAUUUGAAACCAAUUGGAGAUCAAUGCUGCAACAAUAUGAGCUGAUAGGGGAAGAGUGGUUUACAAAUGUAUACGAUUUGAGAGAAAAAUGGUGCCCUGCGCUAAGCAAAGACUUCUUUUCAGCUGGGAUUUUGUCUUCACAACGAAGUGAAAGCACUAAUCACGCCAUCGGAUUUAGAGCAAACAGAACAACCAGUUUAACUGAUUUCUAUAGAUUGUUCAAAGGUACAAUACAACGUUGGAGAAGUACAGAAAAGCAAGCUGAAUUCUCUUGUAUUAAAUCGGUUCCAUCCUCGGCUUUACCACUAUCUGGAUUGCUGAAACAUGCAUCAGAAGUUUACACGUUGUCACUAUUCAGAGACUUUGAGGAGGAAUUUGGAUAUUCAAUUGCAACAACAGCAAAAUUAAUUUGGAAACAAGAAAAUACUGAGUUCUAUGAUGUGUCCAUUGAUGAAGAACCUUGGUCUGCACAAAGAGUAACAUACAUCCACGAGAGCCAAACAGUAUCAUGUACGUGUAAAAACUUUGAAGCUUCGGGAUGGUUGUUCUACCACUGCAUUAGGAUAUUGCACCUUCAUUCGGUUAACCGGAUUCCAGAACAGUACAUCAAAAAGAGGUGGACAAAAUCUGCCAAGUCAUCAGUUUGGAACAAAUUAGAAAAUGAAAAACCAGAAGAGGUGCAGUACACACCUUGGCGCCAAACCAUGGCUAGGAAAUACUACAACCUUAUCUUGAAAAGCCAAUCAAAUGAGGAGACAAGAACCCUUAUGGAGGAUGGUUAUGCCGCUAAAACAAGUGCAACAGCAGCACCUGAAACAAGUGCAACAGCAGCACCUGAAACAAAUGCAACAGCAGUAUAUGAAACAAACUUAGCACCAGCAGGUACUCAUGCAACAACAACAAGUGAUACAAGUGUACAACAAGCAACAAGUUCUGAACCUGCAACAAACACAGCAACUGAACCUCCUAUGGUGUUGGAUCCUGAACGUUGCACAACAAAAGGAAGGAACAAAAGACCACGAGGACCAUUUGUCAAAAAGAAGAAGGGAAAAACUGCAGCGCCUCCAACAGCAGACUUUGGAACAAUAACUCCAAAUUUGAGAUUAUUUUGA